GAUGGAGCUUUCCUUUCAUCCCCAAAAUCCAGCUUGAGCUUGGGACGACGACGUUUUAGUCCUGAAGCUGGAAUAUCAUAAUGCCACGUGUACAUAUUUAGGAGAGGAUAUUUUUGCUUUUUUUUUUUUUUUUGGUACAAAUAGAAAGAGAAGAAAAAGAGAAGAGAGGAGAGAAUAGAAGAGAAGAAAUGUCAAACUCAAACGCAGUGGCGAAUGGAGUAGCUGGAGCUGGAGGUGGUAUUAUUGCUCAGAUUAUUACUUAUCCUCUUCAAACGGUCAAUACGCGCCAACAAACUGAGAGAAGAGCCAAAAGGGUAUCGGCCCCUGGAGCUACAUCUCCCACUCCCACUGCCAGUGCCCUUGUUCAAAUUCUCCAAGUUAUAAAAAACGAAGGGUGGGGAGGACUUUACAGUGGUCUUAAACCUUCCUUGUUUGGAACAGCUGCUUCACAGGGAAUAUAUUACUAUUUUUACCAGGUUUUCAAGAACAAGGCAGAGUCUAUUGCAAAUUCCCGUAAAAACAAAGGCCGAGGGGAUGGCAGCGUGGGCAUGUUUUCAUGGCUUGUGGUUGCAGCUCUUGCUGGUUCAUUGAACGUAUUGUUCACUAAUCCUAUAUGGGUUCUCGUCACUCGUAUGCAGACACACACUCAAGCAGAACGGAAAAUCAGGGAGGAAAGAAAAGAAUCCCUGCUGAGGGAACUAGCUAAUUCUGAUCAAAGCAGCACUACUCUUACUCUGUUGCAUGACAAAAUGGCUGAGCUUGAUUCUUUAAAACCGACUCCUUAUGGAACUAUGCACGCGGCUCAAGAGGUGUAUAGCGAAGCAGGAAUUCGUGGGUUCUGGAAAGGCAUUAUCCCAACGCUAAUCAUGGUGUGCAAUCCAUCAAUCCAAUUCAUGAUUUAUGAGACCUCUUUAAACCGUCUAAAGGCAAGAGGUGCAGCUAGCAGCAAGCAGGGAUCAAACACUACUGCAACUGCUUUGGAGACUUUCUUAUUGGGAGCCGUGGCCAAACUUGGAGCAACUGUGUCCACUUACCCCUUGUUAGUUGUCAAGUCAAGGCUGCAGGCUAAGCAGGAGAUUGGAGGGAGUAGCUCCUUAAGAUACUCAGGUACCAUUGAUGCAAUAAUCAAGAUGAUUAGAUAUGAAGGGUUGAGUAGCUUUUACAAAGGUAUGAGUACAAAGAUUGUGCAAAGUGUUUUUGCAGCUUCACUACUUUUUAUGAUCAAGGAGGAACUUGUCAAGGCUUACGUCUUAAUGUCUUAUAAGUCCCGUGUAUUCCUAUCCAGUUUGAGAAAGAUAAAAUAAUUAUGUGUACAGAGCCAGCUACAUUAGAAAAUACCUUACCAAUUUAAUUCGUAAUAAAAUUCCAAAAGUUUAGUUA